AUGAACAGUGGACUCCCAGCUUCAGCUGCUCCGCUCGCGGGUGUCGGAAUACCCUGCGUCAAGGUGAAGUUCUGCCGAUACUACGCAAAGGAUAAGACUUGCUUUUAUGGGGACGAGUGUCAGUUUUUGCACGAGGAGCCGUCCAUGGCAAGCAUGUCCCUUCACGGCGGAGCAAGCCCUGUCCCUUUAUCCAUGUCUGGAGGAGCCGUGACGGCUGCAGGGUAUCCUCUUAGUGCACCCCCGGCCUGCCAGGUUGGGGUACCGAACGUCCCCAAAAAGGGCGACUCUCUGGGGCCUGCAGGCACGGCUCUGGAGGGACAGAUGUUAACCAGUGAGUAUAUUUCGUCUGUUUGUCCCGGUCCGAUACGACAGGGCCUAGCACAACCUCAUCGGUGGUUGUUACUUUUUGGGCGUGUGAGGGGCUUUGUUAACAUUGAGCCCGGGGAUUCUUUGAGGCCUCUUUCCCCCCAAAACAACGUGGGCUAAACAACGUUUUUUAAGCUACACAAUCAAACAUAACUAAUUAAAGUGUCAGAGCACUAAGCUUUUCAUCCAGAGUUUGAGCUCCUUCAAUAAAUGCAUUUAGUUAGCAAUUUCAGUGUUUUUGUAUUUGACAGCUUCAAGACAUGAGUGGGCAAAUUCAGACAAUCAUUGGCUAACGUAGCUAGUUAGAUGGCUAUGGCUAGAAAAGUUAGCCUGCCGAGAAAAAAAAAAAGGUACACGGCACAUUAACGUUUGCGCACUUCUUGCAUUAGGUAACUUGUUAGUAAUGCGUGCAUCUAAGUAGCAUAGCUAGUUAGCUAAUGUUGAAUAGUUUUGGAAGCGAGUCUUUCUAUGAUGCUUGUCUUGAUGCAUGAGUAGGGUGACUAGCUAGCUUACAUGCUAACCAAACAUCUGCUGUUGUGAAGUCCAUUUACUUAGUAGCUAACUAGUUAGCAUCAUAACUUGCAAAAUAAUUCAACCACCACAGCUGUAUUUUAUAUUAUUGAACUCUGCACAAUGCCACAUGUUCGGUUGCAAGGUGGAUAUUAUCAUUUGUGCACACAAGUUGGCUAACUGGAUAAAGUUGAAGUGUUUACGUCUUCUCAAGAAGCGUGCUGAUUGGCUUCUCCUCGGUAAUCGCCCAGUCCUGUAAAUGAAGACGAUCAAAUGGCCUCAUGGCUAGAACAUUAGUUCAUAGCCACUUAUGUGCAUUAUAUGCAUUUAGCUUCACAUAGCCAUUAAAUUGAGACCCCUACCACUCUUUAUAAUGGAGAAGGUGAUCUAGUCUGUAUGGCAUAUAUUGUCUGUCUCCAUAAUGUUUUCCAAACAUUGAAUAUGACGUUUACCAGGACCAUCCAGACCCUGUGUAGUAGAAGCAGGUGUCUGAUUCUGAACCCAUUGUCUCUGUCCUCUACAGUCCCUGGGAUGGAGGGCGGGACCCUGAGCGAUGCCAAUCUGACCAACUCCUACUUCAGCAGCAGCUUCAUCGGUGUCAACGGCUUCGGGAGCCCAGCAGAGUCUAAAUACUCUAUGAUGCAGGUAUGACCAGCCUCGGAAUUCAACUAAACAGUACUGACUCGACAGAUGCCUAAAUUCUUUUUUGUUUCAAAGCGACUUUGAGAUUCUUGUUUGUAAUGAGAAGCGCUAUAUAAAAUACAUCUGAUUUAUUAUUCUACUCUCAAGUGUUCAGGUACCAGCUUUAGAUCUACAGGAAGUUAGAAAAUACUGGUCAAAUACUGAAUUAUAGUGCUACUUGGCUGAUGUGGUAGAGGUGAACUUAUUCUUGUAUGUUAAUCAGAAAGUCUGGUUCAGUACUGGUCUAAAGACAGUGAUCUUUGCUAUCAGGGAUCCUUGGGUCAUCCCUUGCCCAUUGAAGUUGACAUUUAAAAUGGUUAAGUUUAGGGUUUUGUAAGGGUUAAGGUUAGGGUUUAGGGUAGGGACGUCCAAGCAGGGUUGGGCCAAUAUACAGUGGGGAGAAUAAGUAUUUGAUACACUGCCGAUUUUGCAGGUUUUCCUACUUACAAAGCAUGUAGAUGUCUGUAAUUUUUAUCAUAGGUACACUUCAACUGUGAGAGACGGAAUCUAAAACAAAAAUCCAGAAAAUCACAUUGUAUGAUUUUUAAGUAAUUAAUUUGCAUUUUAUUGCAUGACAUAAGUAUUUGAUCACCUACCAACCAGUAAGAAUUCCGGCUCUCACAGACCUGUUAGUUUUUAUUUAAGAAGCCCUCCUGUUCUCCACUCAUUACCUGUAUUAACUGCACCUGUUUGAACUCGUUACCUGUAUAAAAGACACCUGUCCACACACUCAAUCAAACAGACUCCAACCUCUCCACAAUGGCCAAGAUCAGAGAGCUGUGUAAGGACAUCAGGGAUAAAAUUGUAGACCUGCACAAGGCUGGGAUGGGCUACAGGACAAUAGGCAAGCAGCUUGGUGAGAAGGCAACAACUGUUGGCGCAAUUAUUAGAAAAUUGAAGAAGUUCAAGAUGACGGUCAAUCACCCUCGGUCUGGGGCUCCAUGCAAGAUCUCACCUCAUGGGGCAUCAAUGAUCAUGAGGAAGGUGAGGGAUCAGCCCAGAACUACACGGCAGGCCCUGGUCAAUGACCUGAAGAGAGCUGGGACCACAGUCUCAAAGAAAACCAUUAGUAACACACUACGCCGUCAUGGAUUAAAAUCCUGCAGCGCACGCAAGGUCCCCCUGUUCAAGCCAGCGCAUGUCCAGGCCCGUCUGAAGUUUACCAAUGACCAUCUGGAUGAUCCAGAGGAGGAAUGGGAGAAGGUCAUGUGGUCUGAUGAGACAAAAAUAUAGCUUUUUGGUCUAAACUCCACUCGACGUGUUUGGAGGAAGAAGAAGGAUGAGUACAACCCAUCCCAACCGUGAAGCAUGGAGGUGGAAACAUCAUUCUUUGGGGAUGCUUUUCUGCAAAGGGGACAGGACGACUGCACCGUAUUGAGGGGAGGAUGGAUGGGGCCAUGUAUCGCGAGAUCUUGGCCAACAACCUCCUUCCCUCAGUAAGAGCAUUGAAGAUGGGUCGUGGCUGGGUCUUCCAGCAUGACAACGACCCGAAACACAUAGCCAGGGCAACUAAGGAGUGGCUCCGUAAGAAGCAUCUCAAGGUCCUGGAGUGGCCUAGCCAGUCUCCAGACCUGAACCCAAUAGAACAUCUUUGGAGGGAGCUGAAAGUCCGUAUUGCCCAGCGACAGCCCCGAAACCUGAAGGAUCUGGAGAAGGUCUGUAUGGAGGAGUGGGCCAAAAUCCCUGCUGCAGUGUGUGCAAAUCUGGUCAAGACCUACAGGAAACAUAUGAUCUCUGUACUUGCAAACAAAGGUUUCUGUACCAAAUAUUAAGUUCUGCUUUUCUGAUGUAUCAAAUACUUAUGUCAUGCAAUAAAAUGCAAAUUAAUUACUUUAAAAUCAUACAAUGUCAUUUUCUGGAUUUUAGUUUUAGAUUCUGUCUCUCACAGUUGAAGUGUACCUAUGAUAAAAAUUACAGACCUCUACAUGCUUUGUAAGUAGGAAAACCUGCAAAAUCGGCAGUGUAUCAAAUACUUGUUCUCCCCACUGUAUGUGUAUAUAUAUAUAUAUAUAUAGUAACUAAGCCUUAUUUUUUUCCGCCAAACAACAAUGAUUUAACGAGAAUACAACUAAUAUUGUAAAUAAGCACAAAUUGCACAGGCUGGAAUUAUCUAGUCAUUAAUGGCAUAAAACGAUUAUAUCGGAUAUCGUGGUAUUUGGAGUAGCAUAUCGUAGAUGUCUCCCCAAAUAUCAUCCAACACUAGCCCCAAUUAUCCCAGAUAGCACUGACCUAAAGAAAAUCAGAUAAUUAUGUAGGGCUAGGUGCUUGUUUAUUUCAAUCAAGCGAUCAUACAGGUUUUAGCAGAAUCGCAUUAGUGGAAACCAAGACUGUUCUCAGGGAAGACCUGGUUGUAGCUACACUGAACAAAAAUAAAGACGCAACAUGUAAAGUGUUAGUUUCAUGAGCUGAAAUAAAAGAUCCCAGAAAUGUUUCAUACGUGCAAAAAGCUUAUUUCUCUCAUUCUGUGCACAUAUUUGUUUACAUCCCUGUUGGUGAGCAUUUCUCCUUUGCCAAGAUAAUCCACCCACCUGAAAGGUGUGGAAUAUCAAGAAGCUGAUUAAACAGCAUGAUCAUUACACAGGUGUACUUUUUUCUGGGGACAAUAAAAGGCCACUCUAAAAUGUGCAGUUUUGUCACACAACACAAUGCCACGGAUGUCUCACGUUUUGAGGGAGCUUGCAAUUGGCAUGCUGACUGCAGGAAUGUCCACCAGAGCUGUUGCCAGAGAAUUGAAUGUUCAUUUCUCUAGCAUAAGCCACCUCCAAUGUCAUUUUAGAGAAUUUGGCAAUACAUCCAACCGGCCUCACAACUGCAGAUCAUGUGUAACCACGCCAGCCCAGGACCUCCACGUCCAGCUUUUUCACCUGCAGGAUGGUCUGAGACAAGCCACCUGGACAGCUGAUGAAACUGGGUUUACACAACUAGGGCUGUGGUGGUCACAAUUUUGUCAGCCGGUGAUUGUCACGCAGAUAACUGUCGGUCUCACGGUAAUUGACCGUUAAUUAACAAACACAUUUAGUAUCUCCUGGCUUCCACGCACAGCCUACAAGCCACUGAUGCUGACCUUUGGAACAUCUACAUUAAAAAAAGGUAUAAUAAAUCCAUGUAAUAUAGCCUACACCUUCACAAUAAAUCCAUAAUUUAUUUUAGACAGGUCUAAAGAAGCAUGAUAUGAAGAAAAUGUUGUCUAUUUCAGAAGAACAGAAUAGCAUACUCUGAGUUGUCCUUACAGUGGCUUGCGAAAGUAUUCACCCCCCUUGGCAUUUUUCCUAUUUUGUUGCCUGACAACUUGGAAUUAAAAUAUAUUUUUUUGGGGUUUGUAUCAUUUGAUUUACACAAUAUGCCUACCACUUUGAAGAUGCAAAAUAUUUUUUUGUGUGAAACAAGAAAUAAGACAAAAAAACAGAACUUGAGCAUACAUAACUAUUCACCCCCCCCCCCCCCCAAGUCAAUACUUUGUAGAGCCACCUUUUGCAGCAAUUACAGCUGCAAGUCUCUUGGGGUAUGUCUCUAUAAGCUUGGCACAUCUAGCCACUGGGAUUUUUGCCCAUUCUUCAAGGCAAAACUGCUCCAGCUCCUUCAGGUUGGAUGGGUUCCGCUGGUGUACAGCAAUCUUUAAGUCAUACCACAGAUUCUCAAUUGGAUUGAGGUCUGGGCUUUGACUAGGCCAUUCCAAGACAUUUCAAUGUUUCCCCUUAAACCACCCAAGUGUUGCUUUAGCAGUACGCUUAGGGUCGUUGUCCUGCUGGAAGGUGAACCCAGUCUCAAAUCUCUGGAAGACUGAAACAGGUUUCCCUCAAGAACUUCCCUGUAUUUAGCGCCAUCCAUCAUUGCUUCAAUUCUGACCAGUUUCCCAGCCCCUGCUGAUGAAAAACAUCCCCACAGCAUGAUGCUGCCACCACCAUGCUUCACUGUGGGGAUGGUGUUCUCGGGGUGAUGAGAGGUGUUGGGUUUGCGCCAGACAUAGCGUUUUCCUUGAUGGCCCAAAAGCUCAAUUUUAAUCUCAUCUGACCAGAGUACCUUCUUCCAUAUGUUUGGGGAGUCUCCUACAUGCCUUUUGGCGAACACCAAACGUGUUUGCUUAUUUUUUUCUUUAAGCAAUGACUUUUUUCUGGCCACUCGUCUGUGCUUAGUGGUGUUGCAGACUCUGGGGCCUUUCAGAAUAGGUGUAUAUAUACUGAGAUCAUGUGACACUUAGAUUGCACACGGGUGGACUUCUAUUUAACUAAUUAUGUGACUUCUGAAGGUAAUUGGUUGCAGCAGAUCUUAUUUAGGGGCUUCAUAGCAAAGGGGUGAAUACAUAUGCACGCACCACUUUUCCAUAAUUUUUUUCACUUCACCAAUUUGGACUAUUUUGUGUAUGUUCAUUACAUGAAAUCCAAAUAAAAAUCAAUUUCAAUUACAGGUUGUAAUGCAACAAAAUAGGAAAAACGCCAAGGGGGUUGAGUACUUUUGCAAGGCACUGUAUGUUAGGUCCUGAUCUGGCUAUGCCAAAUGGCUGUGGGCUACACUAGUUCAUUUAGCAGACAAGAUGUGCUUUAAAAAAAUAAAAUAAAAAAUAAUUGUAAAGUGGUUAUCCCACUGGCUAUAGGGUGAAUGCACCAAUUUGUAAGUCGCUCUGGAUAAGAGCGUCUGCUAAAUGACGUAAAUGUAAAUGUAGAAUUCCGUGGCAUUAUUUUAUAGUAUGAAGAAUACAAUUGAACAAAGCUGAAUGAAAUAGAAAGGAUAUUUUCUCCAAACAAUUUGAGGGAGUGCGCACAUGUGGCUAUUCUGUGUUGAGUGGUUAACAAAGAAAUAUGUAUUCCUAUAUGCUUAAUUUACAGUUAAUAAUGUAACUUUAGUUGUUGUACAAAUAUUGGGCUGUAUGUUUUGAUUUUUAAUACAUUGUUAGGCUGCAUGAUGCGACUAGUGAUGAUUUUGAAAAAAGUCCCUUGAAAGGCAUGAGCUCUGCUUUGUUUUUUUUGUGCAGGCUGUACACACUACAUCAGUCACUCAUUCACAAUUUGACAAGCACUUGAUAAUGCCUAGAAUUUCAUGGCAGCAUCCCCUUUGUGUGGCCGUAAUGCACCCUAAAAAAAUCCAUGACUUUUCUGGCCAGUGGCUGUUGUGCCUUUCUCCCUGAGUGCUGCACGCUCCAUCACGUGAUCAGGUCUUUCUCACAGGCUACAAGUGAAGACCGACACAUCGGGGAUGCAACUGCGCGCGUCCUUAUCCAAUUCCGAGGUGCAUAUUGAAGAUAUUGGAAGAACUGUCCACAUUUUACUUUUCGUCAGCUGACAAGAUGAGUAGGCCUAACAAACAGCAAAAGCACUAUCCUGUGUCAAUCUACUAUCCCCCAUAGUACAAAGGUCGACCUAUUCUGUGCGAGAAAUAAUUAUUCCAAACAUAGUCUGGGACACUUGUGGGAUGCGAUAGAUUCCAAAUUAAUACAACCACUAGCAUCAAAAAACAUUUUUGACGCAACAGAUCAGAACGUUUAGCUUAAAACGUUGAUAAACUAUUAGGCUAUUUCUUCACAUUAUAAGCGCAGCAAUGCGCACAUGGUAGUAGGCUAUAAGCGCAAAUGUUCCAUUAGCGGAAAACACCAUUAUCAAAAGUGACCGCAAAUGCAAUUAUGCAUUAUAAAGGUGCGUUUUUAUGGUGAAAAUGAUCUUCCCCAAACUUGAAACUCACGCGCUGCUUAUGUAUGCCAGUUAGGCAAUACACCCCUUGUAAAGCGGAUUAAUGUGCUUAAUUUUAAGAAGUUAUUUUGUCACUUUAGUUGUGAUAUAAACAUAUAGGCCUAUGGGCUAGGCUACAUGAGGUGUCUGACUAUGAUUAGAAAAAGUCGCAAAAAAUGGCAUUUUCUUAUGCUGCGCAUCAGUCACAAGUGAUAGGCUAAUAUUGUCACCCAUCAGACUAUUCUUGAUUUAAUCUUGUCUUUACAUAUACUAACUAAUAUAUGUGAGAAAUUUGUUUUGAUUUAGAAUGGACCGUUACCAUGCAUCUGUAUUGAAACAGGGGCAGUAGGAAAAAAUAAAUGUCUAUGCACUUAAAUAGCGAAUGGAGGACGCUUUUUCCCGUGGUUUAUUUUCAUGCCAACCAGGUAGGCUAUACUCCUGUUGUAAAUAAAGCAAUGUGCUUAAUAUUAGGAAAGUUGAGAAAUAAAAAUAGUAGGUCUAGCCUAUAGAAAGCUGAUCCUCUUUUUACUAGAGGCCAUCACUCUGUUUUCUCGUGAAAUUGCAUAGCCUGUAGAAAUGUAGCGCAACAUGAGCUCAUGGGCUCUCAUUAAGUGUUUGAUUUAGAUUUUCGAAAACAUUUGCAUUGAUGUCAGAGUGAUUAGAGGGACAAUGGAGUGCUGAGUACCAGGCAGUUAGCAAGUUUGGUAGGCUACUAAUGACCAUCAGCAGCAUCAGAGCUUGGAGAAGCCUAAUUACCAUGACUAAACGGUCACGUGGUAUUUGACUGCCUUUAUGACUCGUGACUGCCGGUGUGGCGGUGAUACGGUCACCGCAACAGCCCUUUACACAACCAAAUAAUUUCUGCACAAACUGUCAGAAACCGUUUCAGGGAAGCUCAUCUGCAUGCUCGUCGUCCUCAACAGGGUCUUGACCUGACUGCAGUUCGGUGUCGUAACAGACUUCAGUGAGCAAAUGCUCACCUUCGAUGGCCACUGGCACGCUGGAGAAGUGUCACGGAUUCAUCCCAGUUUCAGCUGUACCGGGCAGAUGUCGUUGUGUGGGCGAGCAUUUUGCUGAUGUCAACAUUGUGAACAGAGUGCCCCAUGGUGGGGUUAUAGUAUGGGCAGGCAUAAGCUACGAACACAAUUGCAUUUUAUCGAUGGCAAUUUGAAUGCACAGAGAUACCGUUCCGAGAUCUUGAAGCCCAUUAUCGUGCCAUUCAUCCGCCGCCAUUACCAUUACCUGUUUCAGCAUGAUAAUGCACGGCCCCAUGUCACAAGGAUCUGUACACAAUUCCUGGAAGCUGAGAAUGUCCCAGUUCUUCCAUGGCCUGCAUACUCAACGGACAUGUCACCCGUUGAGCAUAUUAUGAAUGCCAUUGAAGAGGAGUGGGACAACAUUCCAUAGGCCAAAAUCAACAACCUGAUCAACUCUAUGCGAAGGAGAUGUGUCGUGCUGCAUGAGGCAAAUGAUGGUCACAGCUGAUACUAACUGGUUUUCUGAUCCACGCCCCUACUUAAAAAAAAAAGGUAUCUGUGACCAACAGAUGCAUAUCUGUAUUCCCAGUAGUGAAAUCCAUAGAUUAGGGCCUAAUGAAUUUAUUCCAAUUGACUGAUUUCCUUAUAUAAACUGAAACUCAGUAAAAUCUUAGAAAUUGUUGCGUGUUUGUUUUUCAGUGUAAAUAUCUUCGAGUGGUGUCGGACAAUUUUAGCUAACCCUUUUUCCUAACCUUAAUUCUCCUAACCUGCUGCGAAAAGUCACUUCUGCUAGUCAAAACCGGCAGAUCUGCCCUUUAUUAGUGGUAGUAUCCACUAAUGCGAUAGUUGUAUUUUAUCUACAAUUCAACCAGGUGACCAGGUGCAUACACCUAAGCUGAAUUCCAAGACCAUCAGCCAGUGAUGCAGAUACAGUGGGUUCUAAUGGGAAUUAUUUUGCUGCAGACGGGGGUACCUUUCGAGAACUAAAGGGCUGCGGUCUUUGCUAGGAUAUGGUAGCUAGGUAACUAAGAUACUUUUUUUAAGCAUCUGUGUUUUGUUGUUAUGUAGAGAAUCACCAACAGCAGUAGUUCUCCCAGUCUCCUUGACGAUGGUGCCAAGAACUUCAACCACAGCGCUCACGGUAAGAACCCAGUACCUACAGGACACUUAAUGGAGUAGCACAGUGGUCCCCAACUCCGGUCGUCAAGUACCCCCAACAGUACAAGCACAGCUGAUUCAACUUGUCAACUCAUUAUCAGGCCCUCAAUGAGUUGAAGCAGGUAUGUUUGCUGUCGGGGGUUCUCGAGGACCGGAGUUGGGAUCCACUGGAGUAUCAGAUCAUUGAAACUAAUAUCUGUAGAAUUAUAAUUGGAACAACUUCUAACUCUUGGAACACCCAUGAAAUCAUUGGCAGAUCUAUUCCAUGGAACCCUGGCAGUUGGACCAGGUCAGAGUUGUGGGUCGAUGGAAAACUCCCCGUGGACAACACAGUCUUCAUUCCCUCUCCCUCUAUGUCCUCUUCCAGAUCCAGGGAAUUCCCCCAUGUCUUCACUCUUCAGUGACUUUGGUGCUCUGAGCAUAUCACAAAGGAGAAAGGUGAGAGCACCUCUUCCCUGGUGUGGUCAUCAACCAAGGGGAAUAGUUUGAUAUUCAUAUGUCUAUUGAGUUUUAGGGCCUAAGGUGGAAAAUUGUCAAACCUAAACCCAUGCAUUGUGGUCCGUUUGUGUGUUUUCUCUAGAUAACAUAAUCCGGUCACUGAUUGUUUUUGUUGUGAACUGUGAUGAAGACAAAUCCGCUAAUAAGGAAAAUAAACAUUGUAUAAAACAAAUACAAUCUCUGAAGGCAAGAAGAACAAUUGAAUCAAAUCCUAGGGUUAUGCAUCUCUUAUUCUCUCUCUCCAGGGUCCUAACCCUACAGCCAAUGAAUUCAUCCCUAAGGGGGCUCCCCGCAUGGCCACUAUGGUCCAGUCCAGUGGUCCGGCCUUCCCCUCGCCCCUCUUCCCCCACCUCGGCCUCAGCAGCUCCACCGCCCUAGCACCUGGUGAGCCAUCCACUCCAAAAAAAAAAACACUUCAUUCUCUGACUUAGAACACUUCUAGGCGUUGUUCUCCCUUUGCACCAUAUCAUGGAUAUUCCAGGUUGUCAGGGUGAGUGAGUUUGCAGUGUAAAGGUUCUCUAUUGAUGUAACCUCCCAUUGUUCUCUUGCAUAACCAAGUGAAUUGACUCCAUACAAUGGAGAUGCUCUAGAAAAAACAGCAGACAAUGUAUUAUUCAGGUAAAUCCCCGACAUUAUGAAUUCUGCCUUGGUUAGUCAGAACAAUGUAUGGAGGUGCUCCAAUGAACUCUGUUUAACACACCCUCUCUGGUAUCCCCCAUACAGGGAUGUCUCUCUCUGCGGGAUCCUCCCCCCUCCACUCCCCCAAAAUCACACCCCAAACCUCACCCGCCCCUCGCCGGCGUAGCCACACCCCCAACCCCAACAACCCUAACCCAGCCAACUACAUGGUGCCCACCAGUGUGUCUGACCAGGGGGCCCACAUCAUCCAGAAGGAGACGGUGGGGGGGACAACAUAUUUUUACACUGAUAACACCCCCGCUCCCAUGGCCGGGAUGGUACGUUCCAUUUAGUCUGCCCUUACUGACAGCAUGAAAAUACAUUACGUCAUCCUCAUCUGUAGACUUGUUAGUUUUAAUUUCUCCAUAAAUGGGAAGUGCAGUCGUUAAAUGUGUGUGGUUUCUGUGCAGGUGUUUCCUACCUACCACAUCUACCCCCCCACUGCUCCCCACGUUGCCUACAUGCAGCCCAAAGCCAACGCCCCGUCCUUCUUCAUGGCUGAUGAACUCCGACAGGUACGCCCUCGCUCUCUCUCUUCCCCCUAACUGAUUCUUUCCGUCUGAAACGCCUACUCUCUGUUCCCAUUUCUGUCCCCUCUCUUUCUUUCAUUCUCUUUUUCGCCCUGUCUCCAUAUUUCUCUCUCUCUGCGCCUCUGUUCUGACUGGCUUUGUUCUAAUCCUCCAAUCUCUCUCCAUGCUGUGAUGUCAGUGUUGAUCUCUGAUGUCAUUUCCUGUGGUUCCCUCUAGGAGCUGAUAAACAGACAUCUGAUCACCAUGGCUCAGAUCGACCAGUCAGAGAACACAGGUAAGGCAUCCCUUCCCUGAUUGGCCCAACCGAGGUGGGGGGGGGACUGUUAUUGGCGUUGUGGUCAUUGUGUGAUGGCAUGGCCUAUCACAGUUGACUGAAAGUGAGACUGAAUGUUCUAUGAUCCUGAAUCGUGUCUGUCUUUAGGAUUCCACUAAUAGUCACACUGUGGUUGGUUCAUAGAACAUUCUCAAGUUGUUCAGCUGUAGCUCCUGUAGCUCAGUUGGUAGAGCAUGGCGCUUGCAACGCCAGGGUUGUGGGUUCGUUUCCCACGGGGGGCCAGUAUGAAAAUGUAUGCACUCACUAACUUCAAGUCGCUCUGGAUAAGAGCGUCUGCUAAAUGACUAAAAUGUAAAACUUGUAACUUAAGAUGAGUGCCAACUGAUGUAGUUGAUUUUGGCGCUGUUUGUGUGCUGGUGUAUGUAGAUGUGUUGUAAUGACGUGUAUCCCUGUCCCCUCUGUCCCAGGUGUUCCAUCUGAGGUGGACAGCUACCACAGCCUGUUUCCCCUGGAGCCUGUCCCCCCUCCCAACCGCCUGCAGAAGACCAGCAACUUCAGCUACAUCACUUCCUGCUACAAGGCCGUCAACAGCAAGGACGACCUGCCAUACUGCCUGAGGAGGUUACAUGGUGAGGCGCUCGUAUGCCAGAAGAUGAACACACACACGUUAUCCUUCCUGCCAUUGAGAUUUUAAAUGAUCUUAUAUUUGGUAUGGAAUGUAUUUUCUUUCAGCCUACUUGAGUGGUCAUGUUCUCUGAAUGUCUUUGCUGUGUGUGUGUCCAGGUUUCAGGCUAGUGAACACCAAGUGUAUGAUGCUGGUGGACAUGUGGAAGAAGAUCCAGCACUCCAACUCUGUUACCCUGAGGGAGGUCUUCACCACCAAGGCCUUUGGAGACCACUGUGAGUCGUGUGUGUGUGUGGGGGGGGUCUCUGUGUCCCCCAUGUUGUAUGUGUGUUUGUGUAUACAUGUGGGAUUGUUUACAUUGGUGUUUGUGUGAGUGUGUUUGACCCAUAAUAAACCCCCAUGAUAACCUCCUGUGGGGCUGUGUGUGUGUGUGGGGCUGUGUGUGUGUGUGGGGCUGUGUGUGUGUGGGGCUGUGUGUGUGUGUGUGUGUGUGUGUGUGUGGGGCUGUGUGUGUGUACAUUUACAUUUAACAUGUACAUUUAAGUCAUUUAGCAGAUGCUCUUAUCCAGAGCGACUUACAAAUUGGUGCAUUCAACUUAGGAUAGCCAGUGGGACAACCACCACUGGGGGAGGGGGGGUGUAGAAGGAUUACUGUUAGACUAUUCCAGGUAAUGUGUACAUUUUUUUUUUUUUUUUGUGUUUGACCCAUAAUAAACCCCCAUGAUAACCUCCUGUUUCUCUCAGCGUUGGUGUUCUCCUAUGACUUCCAUGCGGGGGCAGAGACCAUGUUCAGCAGGCACUUCAACGACCCUGCGGCCGACUCCUACUUCACCAAGAGGAAGUGGGGUGAGUCUUCCCAACACACUCCCCCAUACUGACCCCAACACACUCCCCCAUACUGUGGGGAGCUGUGUGUGUGUGUGUGGUGGUGUGGUGGGGUGUGUGUGUGUGUGUGUGGGGUGUGGUGUUGUGGGUGUGUGGUGUGUGGUGUGUGUGUGUGGGCUGUGUGUGUGGGUGUGGGUGUGUGUGUGUGUGGGUUGGUGGUGUGUGUGUGUGUGUGUGGGGUGGUGUGUGUGUGGGGUGGUGGGGGUGUUGUGUGUGGUGGGUGGGGUGUGGUUGUGGGUGGUGGGGUGUGUGUGUGUGGGGUGGGGGUGUGUGUGUGGGGCUGGGUGGGGGGCUGUGGGUGUGUGUGGGUGUGUGUGGGGGUGGUGGGUGGGUGGUGGGGGCUGUGUGGUGGGGGCGUGUGUGUGGGUGGGUGGGUGGUGUGUGGGGGUGGGGUGUGUGUGGGGGUGGGUGGGGUGUGUGUGUGGGUGGGUGGGGUGUUGUGUGGUGGGUGGGUGGGGUGUGGUGGUGGUGUGGGGUGUGUGUGGGGGGUGUUGGGUGUGUGUGUGUGGGGUGGGUGUGUGUGUGUGUGUGGUGUGUGGGUGUGUGUGUGUGUGUGUGGGGGCUGUGUGUGUGUGUGUGGGGGGCUGUGUGUGUGUGUGGGGCUGUGUGUGUGUGGGGCUGUGUGUGUGUGUGUGCGUCAAUUAACUUCAGGUUGGAAAGUGGAAGCUCUAGAAAGAGGCCCGAGUUCCUGAGUUGGAAUUCCGAGUUCGAUGACCGUUCAAAAUGAUUUUCCCAGUCGGAGCUAGUUAUUUAAAAAAAAUCUAUUCCCAGUUGUCUUGAAUGCACUGAAGACUGAGAUUUCCGAGUUAUUUUGAAUGCUGCAUCAAAUGGCAACGGAAGGCAGGUUUUGUCAGCGCGUCACACACCACUUUGCAAUGAGCAUGCAUUUUGAAAUCAUACUCUUAAUUGUUUGAAACCUGAAUGUUUUAAUACAUAUUAUGAGGUAUGUCUUACCUUGCUUCAAAGUAGCCUAUUAGAUCUCCUCUAUUCCUAACGGAUAUUUUCAUCUCACAUGAAACCGCUCGCAUGUACAGUGCCCUUUUGACAACAGUUUUCCCGCUAAUUGCAUUAUGGAAGGAACAUCCGCGCGUAGCCUACUGCCUUGUGUGCAUUGCUGCGCUUAAACUAUUAUUUCUUCAUAUUAUAUCAACAUUUUUAAGCUAAACGUUCUGAUCCGUUACAUCGGACUGCUUGCUUUUUUAAAUGUAGCCGAGGCCUACUGGUUGGAUGAAUUUGGGAUCUAUCGUCCCAGUGUCUGUUUUAGAAUAGGCUAGUUCUUUCUCGACAAGCUGACCAAUAGAAUAGGUAGCCUAAACUUUUCUACUAUAGUAGAUUGACAUAGGCUCGUGAUUUUGCUGUUCGUUAGUAAUCUUGUUGGCUGAGGAAAAGUACAUGUGGACAGUUAUUCUAACAUGUUCAAAGUGCACAUCAGAAUUCGUUGCAUCCUCGACGUGCAUGUUCUGUUAAUAUGAAUUACCAUAUUCUAAAUGUGAUUUCUGUCAUUCUGAGCACCGUGGGUGGACAACUUAAUCAGGUUACGCACCCAAUGCAUAUGGUACAUUUCUCAAAUGUCCAGUAAAUUUAAAAUGUUGCCAGUCAAAUGUCUGGCGCCACAUUUUCCUAAAGGAAACCAGUGAGGUUGCCAGUGCUGAUUGUUUCUGUGUGAGUGUGGUAGAGGGGUGUGUGUGCGUGUGGUGCCAGCACUGACAGUUGCUGGUCUGUGUGACGGUAGGGGUGUGUGUUGCGUGGUUGCGGGUGUGUUCAAGCUGUAGUCAGGGGAAGCUGUGGCUGAAAGUGAUCCUGAGACCGGUGCUAUAGCUACCAGCCAGAGGAAGUAGAACCUCUCUGGCCUCACUGACCUCAUGGCAACAGGUGUUUUAGUGUCAUUACUACUCUUACACAGCAACACCUCUCUGUGGCCUCACAGCAACAAUACGGGUCACACUAAUAGUUCUGCUACUCUAUAUCGCACUACAGCAACACCUCUCUCAAGUGUUCAACAAGUGGGUGUUUGUGCAAGGAUGCGUCUGACAUUUGCAAGGAAGUUGAUACCAUUUAUUUUCUUAAACCCUUUAUUUGGAAAGCCUCAAUGUAGGGUGUCCACCCACUCUGCCCAGAGUUGGUGAAAAUGGGCUUUGGUAAUGAAAUGGCACUUCUUAUGUUAUUAAAUACAUUUUACCAAGACAAAGGGGAUGUAGCUCAGUUGGUAGAGCAUGGCGUUUGCAACGCCAGGGUUGUGGGUUCGAUAAAAUAAUGUAUGCGCUAACUGUAAGUCGCUCUGGAUAAGAGUGUCUGCUAAAUGACUAAAAUGUAAAUGUAAAUAUGAUUCUUCAUGUUCUGAAUUGUUCAGUGGGGAAUUUCUCUAACAUAUCAACAUUAUAUCAAAAAAGUCGGAUUUCGUAACCUAAUACGUCCGAUAAUAAGCACCGGUGCCGCUUUCUCGCAGCGACUUUUGAGGAUUUUACAUGUUGUGGUGGUCAUCUGCAAAGUAGUUUUUGCAGUUCACAAAAAGCGAAAUUAACAUGAACUGAAUUAAAUGUAAAAUGCUUUGAAAAUAAAAAGCUUGCGUUAUACUCAGUGCCCCGUUGACAUGCUUGUUUUUGUGAGAAAUCUAAGAAAAAUAACAAGAAUUUUGAAUUAAUAUGAAAAGUGCAAACUGACAUUUGAAAAUACUAGCUACAUGCCAUGUCUCAAUCAAUAUGUCUUACCUCUAAUUUGUUUUUAUGUCCUCCGGAUUGGAGAAGAAAGAUGAGUUCAACUGUGAGCCUGUCAGAUAGUCUUAAUUCUCACACAGCAUCCAGCCUAGCUGACGCAAUGCUAUUUUCCAGAUUUUUGACCACUUUUUUUCCUCUGGCCUCCAUUGAUUUAGUCACCCUAAUUCUGGCCAUCCUACAAGGGUAAAAACUCCAAUAACUUUUUAACAGAUUAGGAUAGAGACAUGGGGUUUGAACCGUUGGUUUUCUUAGGAGUAUCUACACACAUUAUUUUACCCAUUGGUCAAAAGAUGCGUUUUUGAUUGGACACCCUACUCAGUGUUUCGUCUGUGUUUUCCUUUCGUGUGUGUCCUGUUCCCCCCCCUGUAGGGCAGCACGAGCCCCCUCCACCACGGCAGCACGCAGGUCUACUUCCUGAGUCUCUGAUCUGGGCCUACAUCGUCCAGCUGAGCUCAGCCCUCAGAACCAUCCACACUGCUGGUCUGGCCUGUAGGGUCAUGGACCCCAGCAAGAUCCUCAUCACCGGCAAGACCAGGUACACACACCUCGCAGACACACACACACUCACACACAUUGCUGACCAAGGUUAUGGAUCCCAGCAAGAUCCAUAUUCUCUGAAACCAGUUAGACACACCAUAUUUUGAAUGUGAUGCAGUGUGGUCAGAGAAACUGAGAACUGUCUAUUUUUCAUGCAACUUAGAACCAGUCACAGUUGCUGUCUCUGGUUUAGUCCUGAAUUCCCACCAUUUUUGCAUUGCUUGAUUGUGGACAGGUUCCUUGCUAGAGAACUGUGCAGAAACCAAUGUGUCUGUAAGCCCCCUGAUGUUUAUGUUGUAGCGCUGAUACAGUGCCUUGGAAAAGUAUUCAUCCCCCUUGGUGAUUUUCCUAUUUUGUUGCAUUACAACCUGUAAUUUAAAUGGAUUUUUAUGUGGGUUUCAUGUAAUGGACAACAUUUUCCAAAUUGGUGAAGUGAAAUGAAAAAAAUAACUUAUUUCAAAAAAAGUAAUAAUGGAAAAGUGGUGCGUGGAUAUGUAUUCACCCCCUUUGCUAUGAAGCCCCUAAAUAAGAUCUGGUGCAACCAAUUACCUUCAGAAGUCACAUAAUUAGUUAGAUUGCACACAGGUGGACUUUAUUUAAGUGUCACAUGAUCUCAGUAUAUAUACACCUGUUCUGAAAGGCCCCAGAGUCUGCAACACCACUAAGCAAGGGGCACCACCAAGCAAGCGGCACCAUGAAGACCAAGGAGCUCUCCAAACAGGUCAGGGACAAAGUUGUGGAGAAGUACAGAUCAGGGUUGUGUUAUAAAAAAAUAUCCAAAACUUUGAACAUCCCACGGAGCACCAUUUAAAUCCAUUAUUAAAAAAUGGAAAGAAUAUGGCACCACAAGAAACCUGCCAAGAGAGGGCCGCCCACAAAAACUCACAGACCAGGCAAGGAGGGCAUUAAUCAGAGGGGCAACAAAGAGACCAAAGAUAACCCUGAAGGAGCUGCAAAGCUCCACAGCAGAGAUUGGAGUAUCUGUCCAUAGGACCACUUUAAGCCGUACACUCCACAGAGCUGGGCUUUACGGAAGAGUGGCCAGAAAAAAGCCAUUGCUUAAAGAAAAGAAUAAGCAAACACGUUUUGUGUUCGCCAUAAGACAUGUGGGAGACUCCCCAAACAUAUGGAAGAAGGUACUCUGGUCAGAUGAGAUUAAAAUUGAGCUUUUUGGACAUCAAGAAAAACGCUAUGUCUGGCGCAAACCCAACACCUCUCAUCACCCCGAGAACACCAUCCCCACAGUGAAGCGUGGUGGUGGCAGUAUCAUGCUGUGGGGAUGUUUUUCAUCGGCAGGGACUGGGAAACUGGUCUGAAUUGAAGGAAUGAUGGCGCUAAAUACAGGGAAAUUCUUGAGGGAAACCUGUUUCAGUCUUCCAGAGAUUUGAGGCUGGGACGGAGGUUCACCUGCCAGCAGGAUAAUGAACCUAAGCAUACUGCUAAAGCAACACUCGAGUGGUUUAAGGGAAAAUAUUUAAAUGUCUUGGAAUGGCCUAGUCAAAGCCCAAACCUCAAUCCAAUUGAGAAUCUGUGGUAUGACUUAAAGAUUGCUGUACACUAGUGGAACCCAUCCAACCUGAAGGAGCUGGAGCAGUUUUGCCUUGAAGAAUGGGCAAAAAUGCCAGUGGCUAGAUGUGCCAAGCUUAUAGAGACAUACCCCAAGAGACUUGCAGAAGGUGGCUCUACAAAGUAUUGACUUGGUGGUCUAAGGCACUGCAUUGCAGUGCUAGCUGUGCCACUAGAGAUCCUGGUUCGAAUCCAGGCUCUGUCGUAGCCGGCCGCGACCUGGAGACCCAUGGGGUGGCGCACAAUUGGCCAAGCGUUGUCCAGGGUAGGGGAGGGAAUGGCCGGCAGGGAUGUAGCUCAGUUGGUAGAGCAUGGCAUUUGCAAUGCCAGGGUUGUGGGUUCGAUUCCCACGGGGGGCCAGUAUGAAAAAGAAAAAAAAAGAAUGUAUGCACUCACUAAUUGUAAGUCGCUCUGGAUAUGACUUAAAUGUAAAAUGUUAAUAGUUAUGCACGCUCAAGUUUUCUUUUUUUUGUCUCAUUUCUUGUUUGUUUCACACCAAAAAAUAUUUUGCAUCUUCAAAGUGGUAGGCAUGUUGUGUACAUCAUAUGAUACAAACCCCCCAAAAAUCAAUUUUAAUUCCAGGUUGUAAGGCAACAAAAUAGGAAAAAUGCCAAGGGGGUUGAACACUUUCACAAGCCACUGUAGUAUCUGCUGGGUUAUUUACUGUAAAGUACAGUGAAAGCAGAAGUUCUAUAUUAGUCCUGGCUUCCUUUUCUCAGAAUGGGGAGAAACCACACAGUGACAUCACGCUAAUAUUUUACACACCCACACACUCAACUUGCCUUUUUAUCUUUGCAGGUUACGGGUGAAUUGUGUAGGGGUGUUUGAUGUCUUAACGUUUGACAACAGUCAGACCAACCAUCUGGCCCUCAUGCCACAGUACCAGGUACAGUAACCCCCCUGUCCGGAAAACCUACCAAUUCUUUCCUGAUAAAAUUGCAAGCCCAUUCUGGUCAUCCUGGUAUUCCCGUUCAAACCGGAAAUGCAAUUUAAAAAGCAUAAUAUCAGCAAAAACAAAUCUGAUUUGUUGCAAUUUAAUCAACUCGAGUUCUGUCACCACACUUUCGUUGAUUUAGCGUAGUUUUAAUGUAGGCCUAUGAAGCACGUUGGCCGACUUGGUAAAAUAUUAUGAAGUUAUUAAAGCCUGAAAAUUCUAUUAGUUUUUUUUGUCUUUGACUGAGAUGUCAAUACAUCAUGUUUGUUCUGUUCUUCCUGUAUGCACCUGGUUGGGAAAUUAAUACUGUUGUGGUUAUUUGUACUUUAUGAUUAUCGACUUAUUGUGGUGUAUUUGUCACAGAGAACAUCAGAUUCUCCGGCUAAAAAAACAAAUAAGCAAAUAGACCUAGUAGCAGAUAUUCAGCACCAUGGAUUAGGCUUGGGUGGUAUACCGGGUUAUAUGGAAAUAGCCACAGGAUGGUUUUUCAAUACCGUCAAUACUGUUGAAACGAUUUAUUUGACGUUUGUGAAAAACAUAAAAUAGUUUGUAGCUACUUUAAGUAAAUACCUGCAGACAACUUGUGCAAUAUGUUAGGAGAUAAAGCAGAUCACAUUUUCCUGGCUACACCAAGGAAAAAGCUACACCAAGGAAAAAGCUACAGAGCGUUGUCUGCUGAUAGAAUGCCGUUCGUGAAUUCUCAUCCGAGUGGAGUAAUGCAACUGAAGCACAAAAUUAGAAAUUACAAUAACAAACAUUUUAGAUCUGCAGCGAGAUUUCUUCCGCGUUUUUAUCUUUUUUUUCCCUUCUAGAAAAAUGAAGAAUUCUGCGUUAACUAGCAAGUUAAACUUAGGGGUCGCAUUAUCUAAGUAAGUUACUGAAUGAGUAAGGUGACAGGGCAUGUUAUUGUGUAAGCUUUCUGCUGUGUUUGAGAGGUCAGAGCCCUUUUGGAGGAGUUGUCUGUACAGCUGCUAUCUUUUCAUUUCCUUGCCUUUUUUCCUCUCUGUUCUGGACCCGUCUGCUCCUCCCCCAUCUUCUCCAAGCAGAGCAGGCAGGCCAGUUGCCCUAGCGACUCCAGACAGAAACAGCGUGUACAUACACUAUAUAUACACAAAAGUAUGUGGACAACCCUUCAAAUUAGUAUAUUCGGCUAUUUCAGCCACACCCAUUGCUGACAGGUGUAUAAAAUCGAGCACACAGCCAUGCAAUUUCCAUAGACAAACAUUGGCAGUAAUAUAGCCUUACUAAAGAGCUCAUUGACUGUCAACGUGGCACCGUGAUAGGAUGCCACCUUUCCAACAAGUCACUUCGUCAAAUUUCUGCCCUGUUAGAGCUGCCCCGAUCAAUUGUCAGUGUUGUUAUUGUGAAUUGGAAAGGUCUAGGAGCAACAACUGCUCAGCCGUGAAGUGGUAGGCCACACAAGCUCACAGAACGGGAUUGCCGAGUGCUGUAGCGCGUAAAAAUCGUCUGUCCUCGGUUGCAACACUCACUACCAAGUUCCAAACUGCCUCUGGAAGCAACGUCAGCACAAUAACUGUUAGUUGGGAGCUUCAUGAAAUGGGUUUCCAUGGCCGAGAAGCCGCACAAGCCUAAGAUCACCAUGUGCAAUGCCAAGCGUCGGCUGGCGGGGUGUAAAGCUCGCCGCCAUUGGACUCUGGAGCAGUGGAAACGCGUUCUCUGGAGUGAUUAAUCACGCUUCACCAUCUGACAAUCCGACAGACAAAUCUGGGUUUGGCGGAUGCCAGGAGAACGCUACCUGCCCGAAUGCAUAAAGCCAACUGUAAAGUUUGGUGGAGGAGAAAUAAUGGUCUGGGGCUGUUUUCCAUUGAAGGGAAAUGUUAACGCUACAGCAUACAAUCACAUUCUAGAUGAUUCUAUGCUUCCAACUUUGUAGCAACAGUUUGGGGAAGGCCCUUUCCUGUUUAAGCAUGACAAUGCCCCCGUGCACAAAGCGAGGUCCAUACAUAAAUGGUUUGUCGAGAUUGGUGUGGAAGAACUUGACUGGCGUGCACACAGCCCUGACCUCAACCCCUUUGGGAUAAAUUGGAACGCCGACUGCAAGCCAGGCCCAAUCGCCCACCAUCAGUGCCCGGCCUCACUAAUGCUCUUGUGGCUGAAUGGAAGCAAGUCUCCACGGCAAUGUUCCAACAUCUAGUGGAAAUGUUCCAACAUCUAGUGGAAAGCCUCCCAGAAGAGUGGAGGCUGUUUAUAGCAGCAAAGGGGGAACCAACUCCAUAUUUAAUGCCCAUGAUUUUGGAAUGAGAUGUUUGACGAGCAUGUCCACAUACAGUCGUGGUCAAUAGUUUUGAGAAUGACACAAGUAUUGGUCUUCACAAAGUUCGCUGCUUCAGAUAUUUUUGUCAGAUGUUACUAUGGUAUACUGAAAUAUAAUUAUAAGCAUUCCAUAAGUGUCAAAGGCUUUUUAUUGACAAUUACAUUAAGUUUAUGCAAAGAGUCAAUAUUUGCAGUGUUGACCCUUCUUUUUCAAGACCUCUGCAAUCCGCCCUGGCAUGCUGUCAAUUAACUUCUGGGUCACAUCCUGACUGAUGGCAGCCCAUUCUUGCAUAAUCAAUGCUUGGAGUUUGUCAGAAUUUGUGGGUUUGUGUUUGUCCACCCGCCUCUUGAGGAUUGACCACAAGUUCUCAAUGGGAUUAAGGUCUGGGGAGUUUCCUGGCCAUGGACCCAAAAUGUCGAUGUUUUGUUCCCCGAGCCACUUAGUUAUCACUUUUGCCUUAUGGCAAGGUGCUCCAUCAUGCUGGAAAAGGCAUUGGUCGUCACCAAACUGUUCUUGGAUGGUUGGGAGAAGUUGCUCUCGGAGGAUGUUGGUACCAUUCUUUAUUCAUGGCUGUGUUCUUAGGCAAAAUUGUGAGUGAGCCCACUCCUUUGGCUGAGAAGCAACCCCACACAUGAAUGGUCUCAGGAUGCUUUACUGUUGGCAUGAGACAGGACUGAUGGUAGCACUCACCUUGUCUUCUUCGGACAAGCUUUUUUGCCGGAUGCCCCAAACAAUCGGAAAGGGGAUUCAUCAGAGAAAAUGACUUUACCCCAGUCCUCAGCAGUCCAAUCCCUGUACCUUUUGCAGAAUAUCAGUCUAUCCCUGAUGUUUUUCCUGGAGAGAAGUGGCUUCUUUGCUGCCCUUCUUGACACCAGGCCAUCCUCCAAAAGUCUUCGCCUCACUGUGCGUGCAGAUGCACUCACACCUGCCUGCUGCCAUUCCUGAGCAAGCUCUGCACUGGUGGUGCCCCGAUCCCGCAGCUGAAUCAACUUUAGGAGACGGUGCUGGCGUUUGCUGGACUUUCUUGGGCGCCCUGACGCCUUCUUCACAACAAUUGAACGACUCCCCUUGAAGUUCUUGAUGAUCCGAUAAAUGGUUGAUUUAGGUGCAAUCUUACUAGCAGCAAUAUCCUUGCCUGUGAAGCCCUUUUUGUGCAAAGCAAUGAUGACGGCACGUGUUUCCUUGCAGGUAACCAUGGUUAACAGAGGAAGAACAAUGAUUUCAAGCACCACCCUCCUUUUAAAGCUUCCAGUCUGUUAUUCUAACUCAAUCAGCAUGACGGAGUGAUCUCCAGCCUUGGCCUCGUCAACACUCUCACCUGUGUUUAACGAGAGAAUCACUGACAUGAUGGCAGCUGGUCCUUUUGUGGCAGGGCUGAAAUGCAGUGGAAAUGUUUUUUGGGGAUUUAAGUUCAUUUUCAUGGCAAAGAGGGACUUUGCAAUUAAUUGCAAUUCAUCUGAUCACUCCAUGACUUUCUGGAGUAUAUGCAAAUUGCCAUCAUCAAAACUGAGGCAGCAGACUUUGUGAAAAUGAGUAUUUGUGUCAUUCUCAAAACUUUUGACCACGACUGUACAUGUAUAACUAUAUGAGCUGGAUUGCCUGUCUUUGCAAUUUAGUUUCAUUUGUGCAAUUCAUUUGUGCAAGUUAGCAUAUUUAGCUAGCAGCCUCAUGGAAAUGUGCUAUUACUUGGAUAGUAGCAGAGAUUCAGCACCAUGGAUAGCGCCACGGUUGAUCUGACUAGUAAACCUGCCGUGCUCUCGUUAGUGUAACAUCAUGGAAAACAUGUUCACGUCUAUUUCCUCAAGCACUAUUGUGGACAAUGUAUCAGCCGUUUUGGGAGUAACCACAGUUUCUAUUUGAGCCUCUGCUAGUGCCAGACGUGUGUGUGUGUGUGUGUGUGUGUGUGUGUGUGUGUGUGUGUGUGUGUGUGUGUGUGUGUUGUACUUCGCUCUGUGAGUUUUUGUCUUGCUGGCCUGAUUUCCUUUGGAAAUGGUUGAGUUGGCCCCUGGCCGUAGUGUGUUCUGUUGUUAACCCUGUUAUCCUGUGUGCUUGCAGCAAGCGGACCUGAUCUCACUGGGCAAGGUGGUGUUGGCCCUGGCCUGUAACUCUCUGGCUGGCAUUCAGAGAGAGAACCUGCAGAAGGCCAUGGAGCUGGUGUCAAUCAACUACUCAUCAGACCUCAAGAACCUCAUCCUGUAAGACACACUGACACAACAUACACAGACACACACAGACAGAACCCAUCCUUGAAGAGAAGGACACCGGAUCCUCCCCUAAGCCAUCUGACACACACAUACUCAUCUGCAACAACCACAACACACUCAGAUAUACAAGUGAACGCACUGUUUGCACAGACAAGUACUCACACUCACUCACUCCGUAACUGUUUGUAGGUAUCUGUUGACAGAGCAGUCUAGGCUGCGCAGCGUCAAUGACAUCAUGCCCAUGAUCGGAGCUCGCUUCUACACACAGCUGGACGCAUCACAGAUGAGGAAUGAUGUCAUUGAGGAGGACCUGGCGAAGGUACGCUAACAGACAGACAGACACACACACACACACACUCGUGAUGCCACCUCUGCUCUGUCGGAGGGCUGGUAAAGGGAAGGAAGGCAUGCAAGGAGAGGUGUUGAGGGCUGUGAAGAUACAGGAUGUUAUUUGUGUGCCGCGGCCCCUCUGUCUCUCUACAGCUUCUGCUGUUCUGUUCUAGCCUCAGACAUGAGGUGAGAAACCACUGGCUUCUCAGUGGUUUCCCCCCCCCCCCAACCCCACUGCUUAACACCCCCUCUGCAGCACUACUCAAGUUUUGUUUUGGUGCUUGUAACAGGAGACAGAGUAGUGUGUGAGCUGUUCUGCUGCCAUCUUUAGAAUUGGACUGAAAGGUGGCAUUUCCUGUUUAUCUCAAUCUCAUCACUGUUGUCUGUCUGUUCAUCAGUUGUGUAUGUUGUGUGUGCGUCUACAUGUUAUCAUUACAGUCUCUUGCUGUGUGUUCCUUUUCAGAAAUGUUUCUGGUUGUAUUUUUAACCACACUGCCCUUCUUGCUUUUCAACGCGCUACAUCUUCCUCACUCACAUACAACCUACAUAAGCACCGCCGUGCUGAGUUGGGUCACAGCAGAGGUGCGCGUGACAGAUUUCUGGUGUGUUAUCAAGCGGGCGUUGGUGUGUGUGUGUUCUCUCUGGGUUUGGUCUGAUCUUGAUGUAUUUAAGUCCAGUAAUAUAUAACUAAUACUGCUAUCUACAGCUCUCCAAUAUAGGCAACCACAUCCCAGUGUAAAAUAUAACAUUUUGGACUUAACAUCAAUGGUUCAUUUGAUUAUUUUGUGUUGUGGUUCUGUAUGUAUGGUACAGGUAACUUCCAGAAUAAAGGAAACACUUGAGUAAAUGAGGGAUACAAAGUAUAUUGAAAGCAGGUGCUUCCACACGGGUGUGGUUCCUGAGUUAAGCAAUUAAAACAUACCAUCAUGCUUAGGGUCAUGUAUAAAAAUGCCCAGUUGCCCAUUAUUUUGGCUACCAUGGCUAGAAGAAGAGAUCUCAGUGACUUUGAAAGAGGGGUCUCAAAGGAGCAUAGGGGGUUUAAAGGGUGUGUGUGUCUCAGUCACCAGAUCUCAACCCAACUGAACACUUAUGGGAGAUUCUGGAGUGGCGCCUGAGACAGCGCUUUCCACCACCAUGAACAAAACACCAACUUAUGGAAUUUAUCGUGGAAGAAUGGUGUCACAUCCCUCCAAUAGAGUUCCAGACACUUGUAGAAUCUAUGCCCACAGCUGGCAGCACCCAAGUAAUCAUCAAUUUAGAACGCAGCUGCACACGAGCCGAUCGUAAUGCCCAUGGUAAAUUUGGUUUGACAUUCCAUAUCCCUAUUGCUAGUUAGGGACCAUCCGUACAUUAUCUAUGUACAUGGGACAAUAUUUUAAAAUGUCAAUGGCUCCAAAUUUCAAUGACUUAAGGCAACUAAAUUGUGGAAAUUCAUAUACGAAUAUUGAAAGCAUUUGAGGCAACUAAAAAAUGUGCAACAUUAAAAUAUUGUCCCAUUUACUAGCCCCAGAGAUGUGCUAUACAAUGUUAAAUCAACUUUGCCACGAUCGCACACCAGCCGGCUGAAGCUAAUUGGUGAAAGUUGCCUAGCACUACCUAGCCUCGGUGACUUCUUCAAGACAACCUGGUUAGACUGUUUCAAGUGAUCUACAAGGGUGAGUGACUGUAACUGUGUACUGUUUUUUUGGCAGAGUGAACACGCAUGCGAGACACCCACACUAACCCCCCCCUUCCCCCCAAUGACAACUGUCAUUUCAUAAUGACGAAGCAUGAGGCCAACUCAGGAAGUUCAGCCUUCUUUUAAGACACUUUAUGUUGGUGUUUCAUUUAUGUUGGCAGUUACCUAAUAUAUGUCUUAUACAGUAGUUUUAUCUCUGUUGUAGGAGGUACAGAAUGGUCGUCUCUUCCGUCUGUUGGCCAAACUGGGCACCAUCAAUGAGAGGCCAGAGUAAGUACUGAACCACUCUGUUAGGAGUGUAUUUGUAACAUUGACCAAUUGACUUCUGCCUUCAUAUCACACCUCUGCCAGCACUCUUCGCUUGUAGGUGUUUAACUGUUUGUGUGUGUCUUACUCUCUCUGUGUGUGUGUGUCAGGUUUCAGAAGGACCAUACAUGGUCUGAGACGGGGGACCGCUACCUGCUGAAGCUGUUCAGAGACCACCUGUUCCACCAGGUGACGGAGGCUGGGACCCCCUGGAUAGACCUCAGCCACAUUGUUUCCUGCCUCAACAAAGUACGCCUGCUCCACCUGCCACUCUUUUCGCAUCUCUCUCUCUCUCUCUCUCUCUCUCUCUCUCUCUCUGUCACUUUCAAACCCUCUUCUCUGGCUUGUUUUCGCACACUCCUUUCAAUCUCACCGACUUCUUUCUUUUUCUCAUGCCCUUCCUCUCUCAUUUUCCUCUGCCAUACCCUUCUCCAUCUUGUCCUCUCCUCUCACCCUUUCUGCGUAUAUUGUGUUGGUGCUCAGCUGGCUACUAGUCUACCAGUACUCUCCCCUUCUCUCUGUGUAGCUGGACGCAGGCGUGCCUGAGAAGAUCAGCUUAGUGUCUCGUGAUGAGAAGAGUGUUCUGGUGGUGACCUACUCGGACCUGAAGCGCUGCUUCGACAGUACCUUUCAGGAGCUGCAGCAGGCUGCUGCCACCGGCCCCCUGUAG